GUGGGGCAGGAGCCCCCAGUGCCCUGAGCGUCGGCCCCUGGAGGAGCCAUGACGGAGUACAAGCUUGUGGUGGUGGGCGCAGGAGGCGUGGGGAAGAGCGCCCUGACCAUCCAGCUGAUCCAGAACCACUUUGUGGACGAGUAUGACCCUACCAUAGAGGACUCAUACCGGAAGCAGGUGGUCAUUGAUGGGGAGACGUGCCUGCUGGAUAUCUUGGACACAGCGGGUCAGGAGGAGUAUAGUGCCAUGCGGGACCAGUACAUGCGCACUGGGGAGGGCUUCCUUUGUGUGUUCGCCAUCAACAACACCAAGUCUUUUGAGGACAUCCAUCAAUACAGGGAGCAGAUCAAGCGGGUGAAGGACUCAGAUGAUGUGCCCAUGGUGCUGGUGGGGAAUAAAUGUGACCUGGCUGCACGCACUGUGGAGUCUCGGCAGGCCCAGGACCUCGCCCGCAGUUACAGCAUUCCCUACAUCGAGACAUCAGCCAAGACCCGCCAGGGCGUAGAAGAUGCUUUCUAUACACUAGUUCGUGAGAUCCGGCAGCACAAGCUGCGGAAGCUGAACCCUCCAGAUGAAAGUGGGCCAGGAUGUAUGAGCUGCAAGUGUGUGCUGUCCUGAUCCAGGUGAGCAGGGCCCAGCCAGCUCCCUGAGCCACAGCCCUGGCCAGCCAAGCCAAGCUGCACGUGUAUUCUGGUGCUCGCGGGCUCCCUGAACCUGCUGGUUCCCCUGCCUACGAUCAGUGGCAUCCUUUGUGCUCCACCCUGGCCCAGGCUCAGGACACAGAGGUGCCGGAUGCAGGGAGGAGGUGCAGACGGAAGGAAGCAAGGAGGGAAGGAAGGAAGGAAGUGCCACUGGAGCCCGGCCAGCCCAGGGAUGGUGGACAGAGGCGACCACAGACCCUCCCGUGGAUGCUUUGCAGACUGUCAUGAACUGUCCCAAAAACCACUGGCACCCCAGCCCCGACUCCCCUCCCAGCCCCUGCAGCCUCUGACAGGUGCAGGUUGAUUCACAGUAAAUUAUUUGAUGGUCUUGA